GGCAUAAUCUCCGAUGUCCGCCAGAGGUUGCAGGAUGGUGGGUGGCUUCCCCGGACGAGAGUUCCGUGAACGAGUCCGGGUCAGACGAGGUCACGUCGAGCGACCGUCUGGGCAGAAAGAGAAGUUCAAUCCGCCGUAGCUUUAAUACAUAACGCGAAAUGUCAUAGAUGGGCUAUCUGGAAUUGAGGGUACAGCUGGACCCCAAAGUCCUUAUGGUUGCCCCCCUACCCCUCCCCAUCAAAAAAAAAAAAAAAAUGUCUUGCCAAGUAUUUGCGAUGAAGGCCAGACUGAGUCAACACCGGCUGGGAGAUUCUUGCCAAAUGACGGCGGAGAUUGGCACCGGAUCGGCACCGACGAGCACGUCUGCUUACGUAAAAAUGUUUUUUUUUUAAUGCAAUCUUUGAUAUUUUUCCAGAAUGCAGAAUCCUAACCGAAGGGAUUCAUCAUAUUCUACUUAUUUUUAGAAAAUUGUGAAAUUUUUCUUUUUCUUUGAAUUUUCAGCAAACGGACUUGCGACGAUAUGCUCCAUAGAUACAUAAUUUUUUUUUAACUCUUAACGAGAGAUUUUGUUGCGAAAGUCAGUCUAAAGUCCGAAUCGACAGAUGACGUUCGUUAAAAUGUCUUAUUGAGAAAAAGGGGGGGGGGGGGGAAUGAGUACACUGGAGGGGAGAUAAACUUCCCAGGGAAGACUUUUUGCGUCGUCGCGCUUACUUAACCACAGCAGUGAAUCAGCACUUCUAUUUUUACCAUCUUUCUUUUUUUUUUUUUUUUUUUUUUCCCCCAGAAGCAUCUUUACCUCCACCUCAGUACAAAGUCGGACCCUUGCACGCAGUUUAAAAGCGGCCUCACGUGUGCUGCGCGUUAUCUUUCACCCCCCCCCCCUACAUGAAACCAGGGUAAAGUGUGUGUUUGCAAACACGAAGUCCCAUUUAGGCCACGGAGGGGGCUGGAACCACAAAGCGCGUAUCAUGAUGCAGGUGGAAGGUCCCGUCCAGAUGCGGAGAACUUCGGUAUGCCUCCUGCUGGUGGUGCUGGUUCUGGUUCUGUCCCAGCAGGUACGUCCCUCCCCGGUGCCGAGUCCAGGUUCGGCGCACAAGAGGCUGGCCCGCAUGAGCCCGCUGUGGAGGAUCAUGAACAGCAAACCUUUCGGUGCUUUUUGCCAGAACAACUACGAAUGCGCCACUGGACUGUGCAGGGAGGGACACUGCUCCGCCCACCAGCGCCCACCCUCCGAGACCCUCUACGACUAGACGCCGCCGAAACGGGACCGCGGAGGCGGCGUGUUCACGACUGAUCCUUCGUCCACUCGGGACCCCUCCGUAUUUAAUUUAUUCCAACCGCAUUCACGCAUCGCGCGCUUCCAUGGGCGUUCCGACUCGACGGCGAUGGAGAAGAGACUUGCACGUGGACGUGGUCCACUUUGAGGAGGAACCGGAGCACUUUGAAAUGCCCAAAAAAACAAUAUAUAUAUAUGUAUAUAUAUAUAU